AUGAGCCGACCGGAUAAUCGCAGACGUGGACAGAACACAAAGUCUGCUAAGGAACCAGUUUCCAAAAGAUAUAAACCAGAUGUCUAUCCAUCAGAAGAUGAAGACUCUACAAUGUCAGGUUCUAUGGAUUUCGAUCGUGAGUCUAAUGAAAGUCUUUAUGGUCGUAGGGGUGAUGGUAAGAUUGCAAAGAAAUCUACCGCUACUACUGGCCACAGUGUACACAAACUUCACUCGGAUAUUGACUAUGAUGCCACAAAUGAUGGUGAAGAUGAUGAUGAUGACGCUGAUGUUGAUGAAUAUGAAUCGGAUGAAUUACGUGUUGUAUCAAGAGCUCAAACAGUAAAAGCCCGUCACGAACACGGCACUUCAGUUAGCAAGUCUACUGAUGCAUCAUCAGUUGUGUGCACACCAAAAGAUGAAUUCGGAGCUAAAGAUAUGCGAAAUAUAUUGAAGUUACGCAUAGACCAUCCCUAUCGUCCCUUGUGGAUUGGUCCGCAUGGGCACAUAUUUCUUGAAGCAUUUAGUCCACUAGCUCGUCAAGCUCAAGAUUUUUUAAUUGCUAUUUCCGAACCGGUGUGUCGACCACUACAUAUCCAUGAAUAUAAACUCACCUCUUAUUCAUUGUAUGCAGCUGUUUCAGUUGGUUUGCGCCCAGGUGAAAUAAUUGGUUGUUUGCGUCGUUUAUGUAAAACUGAUCUACCAGAGGGCAUUGUUGCCUAUAUUCUUUUAAAAGGUGGCCGUUAUUUUGUUGAAAGUCCACAUCGUCAGUUUCUACAACAGCUAGCGAACGACAAAACUGUACAACAGUGUUUAGUUAAGACAACAAUUACUGAGGAAAGCGAUGAUCUGAAACAACCACAACAAGAAGUAGAAGUUGUGAAACUUUACAAUGCUGCAUCACUAGUAAUACAACACCAGCCACAAGAUGAUAAAGGUGUUAAAACUGAAAAAGAAAUUGCCAUUGAAGACAAGAUGAUACGCCUUUACGCUCGUAUAUAUGCAGAAGAAGAAGCUAGGGAGUCACAGGGAUCAAAUACUGGCAUUAAUACAACUACUGCUGAUAAAUCAGACAAUAACUUUUUGGAACAACCUAGUGAUAACAUAAAUGUCAGUGCAAUUGGCAUUGAAUCAGAUGUUGGGGAUCGUGAAGGUGAAAUGAUAGAUAUAAAAAAUGACGGCAGUCGUGGUGAUGCCAAUGUUAAGUUCGUCUUAGACUCAACUGUCCCCAGUGAUUCCAAAGUACCAGUUGUUCUUACCUUAGAAGUCAAUCAAGAUCAAAUUGAAGUACUUCAAAAAAGGUGUAUUGAAUUAGAGGUACCAUUAUUGGCUGAAUAUGAUUUUCGUCUUGAUCGAGUGAACAAAGAUAUUUCAAUAGAUCUAAAAGCAAGCACAACACUCAGACCAUAUCAAGAAAAAAGUUUGCGUAAAAUGUUUGGUAACGGUCGUGCACGUUCUGGCGUCAUCGUAUUGCCUUGUGGUGCUGGAAAAACACUGGUUGGUGUUACAGCUGCUUGUACAAUAAGAAAGCCAACAUUUGUUCUAUGCACUAGUGGUGUUGCUGUUGAACAAUGGCGCUCACAAUUCAAAUUAUGGUCUACUAUUGAAGACGGCCAAAUACUUCGUUUCACUAGUGAUGCAAAAGAUCGUCCAAAUCAAAGUUCACAUAUAUGCAUUAGUACGUACAGUAUGAUUGCACAUUCAGCGAAACGUUCCUAUGAAGCUGAUCGAAUGAUGACUUGGAUUAAAGGCCAAGAGUGGGGUCUUAUGAUUCUAGACGAAGAAGGCGAUUUCGAGUCAUUGAAAUAUGACGAAUUAUGA